GAUUGGGAGCUCGGAGUAAGCUGCUUCAGAGCUUUGGGGUUCCCUUCAGCAAAGCGAGGCAGCCUGGCAUUGGCCUGGGAGUGCGGAGGGUCGGUCAGUGCUGCCUCACUUUUGGAACAGCGUGGUAAAUGUCUGGAUUUGCACUUGGGCCAAGUGCCAGCUCAGUGACCAAAGCAGUCAAGGCUGGAGAGGUGGACGCCAAGACCCGUCGACAGAUCUUCGAUGCGAUCGGAUUCACGUUCCCGACCCGCCUGCUGACCUCCCGGCAGCCCCCAGCCGGCUGCCCCCCGCACACCUUCCGUGCCUUCGGCCUCACCCUGCUGGCCUGUUUCUGCACCGACCCAGAGCUAGCAGGGCACUCCCAGAUCCUGAACAAAAUCCCAACCUUCAAUGACAUCCUGCUUUCCCCCUGCGACCUGGACUGCACAUCCAUGGUUGAUGAUGUGUACCAGUGCCUCAGCGCUGUGCUGGCCACGGCCAGGGGCCCCAGGGAGUUGGUGACCAAAGGGACAGUGUCUGCCUUGUGCCAGGCCUACCUGAAUGGUGGUCACGGCUCUGACCGUGCCCUCACAUUGCUUGUGGGGCUGUUGGCUGUAGCAGAGGCCAAGUGCUGGCAGAGAGAUGCUCCACAGCUCCUGGCUGUGCUCAGCAAGCUCUCUGGUGAUUUCCUCAAGGCCGAAGACAUGACCAAAUUUGAGCUGUGUGAGGUUCUGCCCCACUUCAUCCCCCUGUCACCUCCUCUCACAGAGAGCUCGCAGGGCUCUGAGUGCCUCUGCAGACUUUACAAAGGGCUGGCUGAUGUUUUGGGCAGCAAACUCAGCCAGUCACAGCGGGACCCUGCUCUGAAGCUCGCAGCCAGCCUCGUGCAGGCCUGUGGGGCUGAGUGGAUCCCAGCAGGGAGUGCUGGCAGCAAGUUCCUGGCCCUGCUGGUGAACUUGGCUUGUGUGGAGGUCCGCCUGACCCUGGAGGAGCCAGGUCCUAUGGAGACGGAGGGGAAGAAAGAAGUGGUGACAGCCUGCUAUGUCCUUAUGGAGAUGGGGAUCCAGGAGUGCCUGAGGGAAGAGAACCCUCUGCUAGAAAAUGUGCAGAAAGUGCAACUCAUGAGGAUUAUGGAGGAGGCAUUUGGAGCUGUAAUAUUCUACUUGAGAGAGGUUAAACAGGAGGAGCUGCAAGAUCCUUUCAUCUUUGCCUCUGUUAGAGUCCUUGGAGCUUGGAUGGCAGAAGAGACAUCCUCCCUCAAGCAGGAAAUCUGUGAGCUCUUGCCUUUCCUUGUUGAUUAUGCCAGAAAGCUCUUCAAGGAGGGCAGCCCAGCUGUCAGUCUUCCCCAGGCAGAGCUGGUCAGCGCCAAGGGCUCUGCCUUACCCCAGGAUGCUCUGAGAUUUCUGCUACCUGGAUUUUGCCAUUUAACAGCAGAGGACAGGCCCCGGGACAUCCUCAUCUCUGUAGGGGCACCAGCACUGCUGUGUGAGUACUUCCUGCAGCAGUGGGAGGUUCUGACCUCCAAGUCCACGGCCCCAGCACCCCUGACAAGCACUGAAAUGAGUCUCCAGACCUUGUGUGGGAUUUUCCUUAACCUGGUUGUUACUGCUCCGGACCUGGUCAGGUGUGACAAAACCUUUUCCUCCUUGAUGGAUGUGUUGCUGAACUCUCUCCCACUUCUGCUGCCUCAGAAGCAUCACCUGGUUCUGGCAGCAAACGUUGCCACUCUGGGCCUGAUGAUGGCCAGGAUCCUUGCGGGGUCAGCAGCCCUUCAGGGAACGAAGUCUGCCAAGGAGUUUUUUGGAGCUGCCAUUUGCUUCCUCUCCCAGGCCCACACGGCCCAGGCAGACCCCAGCAGCGAUGGCCUGGCCUUGGCAGUGUCACCCACCUUCGUGAGUGCCUGGGAUGACAUCCAGGAGCUCUGGUUCCUGGGAAUGCAGGCCUUGGCCGGCUGCAUCCCUCUUUUCCCCUGGCUGCCACAGGCCGUUCUCCAGGCGCAGUGGCUGCAGGGACUCUCGCAGUUGCUGUCCCGCGUUGCUCCGUCCUCUGUGGAUUUUGAGCUUGUCACCGCUUUCCAGGCUGUCCUGGUGGAGCUGGCCAGAGCCAGCGAGCAGUGCAGGGAUGUGAUCCUGUCCCACCACGGCACAGAGUGGGCCAGUCUGUAUGGAAUGGCAGCUCUGGAACAGUGUCUGGCCGAGCAGCGAGGAGCCAGCAGCAGUCCAGGUGGGAAAUGAAGCCAGACACGUGCAAAAGGUCUGUUCAAGACUUCUGGCAUGUUAUUUGCUGCCGGAUGGGCAUCCAAAAAACCCAUUAAAUGAGCAAACUUUACAAAACUGGAGUGAUGCACCAGCGCCCAGCAUGAUCAACACUGCCCACAUCAGUGUGCAGAACUGCUGCUGCCUCAGAACAUUUCAUCAUGACCUUGCUCAACCUGUUGUGAGGAUUUCUCUGUAAAAACAGCCUGUUUUUUUAUUAAAGACAUUUUGUCAGUUUGUUUUUCAUA